UUCCAGGAAGAUGUCGAUUAACUCGAUGGUGUCAUCUGAUUGGAGUGCUUUCCCUUCACCUUCGUCUGCUUUCUCAUCACACAACUCGUCGCAAGAAAGGCUGAACAGUUCAUUGUGUAGCACGAGCUUGACAGGAACACAACUGCUCAACAGCAACAUCAGUUGUGUAAGUGUGGACCGUGAUAUUUCGAACGCCGAUGAAAAGUUUGCUAGCUGCAGUGGUAGCUUCCUAUCGACUUUUGGUGGCACCAGCUCGUGGAAUGAAAAUUCAGAGUUGGAUAAAAGUGUUAGCAACAACGCACAUGCAAGAAAUUCUUUCCAGUCAAUGUCUUUCAGACCGAGGGCUCAGAGUUUUACUCAUUCGCCCGUUGAAGCUGAUGCUGAUCUCAGUGCUUUGAAUGAAUUCUACAGAAAAAGAUUUCCAAAGGCCACAGAAGAGAUGGAGCUGAGGUUGGUUCACUAUCUGCGCAGACACUCACUUGCAUCUCAGUACCCGCACAUCAAAUCUGAUGGGUCGGCUUCUUUUGUCUAUCACCAACUUAAUGAACUGGCGUCUGAUUGUCUGGAGAAAUCACGAGAGAAUCAAAUAUCCAGCCAGUACUUGGCCGGCAUGGUCAACAACAUGGAACAACUUCUUGAAAACGCACGAUCAAAAACUUCCUCAUCGUGUGAUGAGCUGGCACAAAUGAUUCAGGAGCUGCUCAUCAUCAUCUCAAGACCUGCCAGACUACUCGAAUGUCUGGAAUUCGAUCCAAAAGAUUUUUAUCGUAAACUGGAAGAAACAGAAGUUGAAGUGAAGAAGAUAUCGAGUUCUGACGUGGUUAGUUACGUAUUCAACCAGCUGGGUCUUGAGAAGCCAUCAGUUGAACCUGUUUAUCACCAUCAUCGUCUCAAUUUGAAUAGUUUUUUAGGCUGUCAGGGAAAAGAUUGUGAUUCAUCAGACACUUCAAGCAACAACUCCAGUUAUGAGCCUGCAAAUUUCAACGUGGACGUCGAGUGCCACACCUCCCUGACGCCUCCGUUUUUUGAGCGCCAUUUUAAUGAGAACCAAAAUCAAAAUGCACUGCUGGUAUCAUCAUCCACGCCGUCAAGAACUCCACAGGAAUCUGAUUUUGAAACCGUCAAGUUGAUAAGCAACGGUGCUUAUGGUGCAGUGUUGCUGGUGAGGCACAAAACUUCCAAGAGGUUGUUUGCAAUGAAGAAACUCUUGAAAAGUAACUUGGUGCUGAGAAACAUGGUGGAGCAAGUUUUUGCAGAGAGAGAUAUAUUGACAUUUAUCGACAAUCCAUUUGUUGUCAGCUUCUACUGCAGCUUUGAAACUAAGAAAUUUUUGUGUAUGGUGUUGGAGUAUGUGGAGGGGGGUGACUGUGGGGCCCUCCUCAAGAAUAUAUCCGGUCCCUUACCACUCGACAUGGCUAGGUUGUAUUUUGCUGAAACUGUUCUAGCUUUGGAAUAUUUGCACAACUUUGGAAUUGUGCAUAGAGAUCUCAAACCUGACAACUUGCUCAUAACUUCAAUUGGUCACAUAAAGCUGACAGAUUUCGGCUUGUCAAAAAUUGGUCUUAUGAAAAUGACCACAAAUUUGUUUGAGGGUCCCAUGAGAGACAGCAAAAAGUUUUUGGACAAUCAGGUUUUCGGGACACCCGAGUACAUUGCCCCUGAGGUUAUUCUCAGGCAGGAAUAUGGCAAGCCUGUGGACUGGUGGUCCAUGGGCAUCAUCUUGUAUCAAUUCCUGGUCGGCUGCGUUCCUUUCACCGGCAAUUCACCCGAGGAGGUCUUCAGUGAAAUCGUUACUGGUGAGAUCGACUGGCCUGAGGAAGAGGAAUUCAAAGUGUGUGACGACGCUGUGGACAUCAUCGAAUCCCUGCUCAUCAAAGAUCCCACGCAGAGUGCAUCAACAAAUGAGUGCAUCAACACACAGAAGAUUUUGUGUUUAUUUGGAAAGGAAAGAAUCGAAGGCGAUGAGUUGCAAACACUGGUUCAGUUGGGUUCAUCCGGGUCAACAGAAGUUAAAGUUCAUGAUUUCUUCAAAGACGUAGAUUGGAAUAAAAGGACAGACAGGUAUCAGCAUCAGAUCGAUGAUUCUGGUGGUGAUGAAGAGGACGAGGAUGACGAGAGCGAACUCUUCAAAAGUUUUUCAACCUGUUCUCCCCGCUACAGCAGAACUGAAAACCAUUUUAAAAUACUCGACAUGAGCGAGACACCUUACGACAUCAGAAUGGAUCUGAUGAAGAGCAGUUUCGGCAAUGAAAAGAAAGCUAACGAGGAUGAAAAUGCAUCAAAAUCUGACAACGAAAUGGACGAGAAACAAUUAGGUGCCGACCAGGGGGAGACAUCAUCAGCUGUUGUUUGUGUUGACUCCAUGACAACUAGCAGCCUUCAGCAGAGCAACGAUGAUGUGGAUUACGAAUCUAUAUUGAGAAAUAAUACUUCCAUUUUAUCGUUGCCUGAAAGACCUCAUAGUUUGUCUGGAUCAUCUGCCUCGGAACCGUCUGAAAAGAAGAAGAUCCCAGAAUUGGCAAAUUUGAGAGUGACUGGCUCUUUGAAACGCGCUAGAGAAGCUCUGCUCACGAAAUCAUCAUCUUCAUCUUCUCUUAGUAAUUUCAGCAAUUUAGCAUCGACUCCCACCAAAAGCAAAGCUCCUCAUAGACUGGUGAAGCAGUUGUCAAGGGAAUCAAGUGGAAGUUCUUUCGAUGACUCCUCUUCUUUCAUCGAAACAUCUGUCAAAGUUGUCAGCGUCACAAGAAACAGGGAAGGAUUCGGAUUUAACAUUCGAGCUCUAAAAGUAUUAAAUCCUGCGAACAACAAAUAUUCAUUCCAACAUAUCAUUAUGGCAGUUGAGAAGGGCAGUCCAGCUUACAGUGCAGGGUUGUGUGUAGGAGACAUGUUAACCCACGUUAAUAAUGUUUCAGUUUCUGGCAUGAAUCACAGUCAAGUUAUUGAGUUGAUUCUGCAACAACAAUCUCAGCAGAAAACAAAUAACGAAAAUAUAUCUGCAUCAACAACAUCUACACUCAGCAGGAAAAGCAAAAAAAAUGUUUUUGAAUUGUUAGAAAAAGAUGAAGACAGUGAUGGGGCAGUACAUUCCAGAGCAAUAAACAAGUCCUCCAGUUCUCAGCAACGUGAAGUUGAAACCGGCAUUCAUAAAACUGCAGACACAGAAACUCAUUCCUACAUUUCAUCCCUGCUUGAACCACAUGCAGCAAAAUUAGAUGAUAAAUCUGAGAAUAAAAACAUUCUUAGAAAACAUAGUUUGACUGUUCAUGAUAAUCAAAACAAUAUGAACCCUGAAAACAAAAAGUUAGCACAAAGUUUUUGCAACAUUUACAGAGCUUGUAAUGAAAUUGCUCAAGUAUGCUCUAUUUCCAUAAAUAAACCUGAUGCUGAAAGUAACAUAUCAAGCAACACGAAGCUGUCGAACGAGCCACAAAAGGAUAGUGACAAAUCAAAUUGCAACAAAGAAACAGAAAAAACUGGCAACAAUGCAUCUAAGAGUAUCAGGCGUUUUAUGAAACACACCUUUUCUCAUAAACGCUCAAUUCCUGGGGCAACCAAAACUAAAUGGUACGAUAAAGAAGAAUCAAAAGCUGGAUCAUCUGAUUUGCUUCCUGUCAAAGAAAUAUACAAAAUUGAAAAAGAAAAAUUAUACGAAUCAGAGGCAUCAUCACUUUCGAGAAACAGUGAAUGUCUGACAAAUGUUUAUGAGAUGUUAGAUGAAAAUUUGGAUGAAACAGCUUCCAAAUUGAGAGGCAACAACAGUCCUCCUACUGAUGAGCAAUCACUACUAGAAAAAGAAGUUGAAGAAGCUGAUAAAAUAUCUUUUAGCCCAUCAUCACCGCCCACGUUUUAUCAAAGCGUUGAAUUUAGGGUCAUACCUACAGUUAAAGUAAAAAGAUCGUUAAAAAUGCAUAGAAGAUUGUCUACAUAUGGUUGCAGAAGAAAAAGCACAUCUGAGUACCUUAAUAGUCCAAGAACUUUAUUGAUUCAACAAAAGAGAACAUGUCAAUUAAGGAGGACCAGCACUCAAAAGUGGUACAUGCCGAGCAACAGUGGAUUUUCGAGUUCUGACAGUGGAAGCGCAUCCAUGUCCCCAACUAUGCAGAAACAUAACGAACAAUCAAAAUGCCCACUUUCAGCUCAUCAUCGUUGCCUAGUGAAUCUUACAUCAUCUUUCAUACCAAAACAACAACCUCAUUCUCUCUCCAGUUCCAGAAAUUCACGCCCCAGUUCAUUGUUGUUGAGCAAGCGCCGCACUAGUUUGGGCGGUCCGCUUUUGUCGCCAUUGGUGUUGUGUUCUUCUCCCAUUAGCCAUGGUAAAAAUAGACAGGCUGGCAGUAGUAAAGAGAGUUACAAUAGCGUUGACAGUGGCGCGGGAAAAUGUGGGUCAUCAAAUGUAGAGUCUCAGUCCGUAAAAUCUCACCUGUCAAAAAAUGAAACAAAUGAAAAUUGUUUGCAUUUAUCCGAAAUGAUAAAUGAUAUGAACAUUCAUUCUAAGGAUGAGAAACCUUGCAACAACCUUAAAUUAAAGUUUCCGGAACUUGCCACAGAUUGA